AUGACCAAUAUAUACGCCGGUCUAGAGGAUGUGGUCCAUGCGGCCAUCUUUCUCGGCAGGAAACAGUUCGAUCUGGCUGGAAUUGAUCGAGUCAACCAACGCUUCACCAAUCUUAACGGACUGCGACUGUUGAGCAGCGACCCACUCUUUGCCCCUGAGGGCAAUCGACCUUAUGCCCAAACAGCGUUCCUGGCACUGAAUGAGAUGCGCCAGCAGUGCUACAACGAAAGAAACAAUACCUUGGUGGACGGGAACCAGCCGCUUGUUGAUUGGUAUGCAGAGGCACUUAAACAUUUCGAUCAACUGAUGGUCCAUUACCAAAAGCAGUUCUAG